CUUCCACCGAAAACCAACCACUCAAUUUGUUCUCUCGUGGCCCAACUCCGGGGCUCCACGUUCUUCCUCGCCCGCCCUCUCCUCCCUCUCCCUCCCUCUCCGCCUCCGAUCUCACAGCGUUUUUCCAUUUACACCCUAGCGCAGCCCCUUAACAAUCCAAUUCAACAUUCUUCUUCUUCCUCUCCCUCCAUUAAACCUCAUCAAUCCAAUUCAACAUUCACCUAAUCUGCAACCUUCGUUCUUCAAUGCGUUUGACAAGAUUUAAUAUCAAUAAGACAGUUCCUGUAUUCUUUCCCUUCUCUCGCCGGCUGGCCUGUUUGUUAUCCACCCAACCGCAUAAAGAACACCACCAGGACCCACCACGGCACAUCCAGGAGCAGUUACACUAUUGGGUAUCUUCCGUUCUCUCUAAUUCGUCUCUUGAUUCUUCUAAAUGUAGAGCCCUCUUGCCCCAUUUGUCUCCUUUUCAGUUUGAUCAGCUCUUCUUCUCCGUUGGAUUGAAAGCCAACCCCAUAACUUGUCUUAAUUUCUUUUACUUUGCGUCUGAUUCUUUCAAGUUUCGAUUUACCAUUCGUUCUUAUUGUAUAUUGAUUCUUUUGCUCGUUCAUUCCAAAUUUUUACCCCCCGCGAGAUUGCUUCUGAUUCGUUUGAUAGAUGGGAAGCUCCCGGUAUUGAAUUCGGAUUCGAAUAAGCUUCACAUUGAGAUAGCUAAUGCAUUGUUUGGUUUAACUUCAGUUGUUGGGCGGUUUGAAUGGACACAGUUAUUUGAUUUUCUGAUCCAUGUAUACAGCACACAAUUCAAAAAUUUUGGAUUAAAUUGCGCUGUUGAUGUGUUUUAUUUGUUUGCUCGCAAGGGAAUCUUUCCAUCGAUAAAGACUUGUAAUUUUUUAUUGAGCUCUUUGGUAAAGGCUAAUGAACUGGAGAAAUGUUGUGAAGGAUUUGAAGUGAUGUCCCAAGGUGUUCGUCCAGAUGUUUUCUUAUUUACGAAUGCGAUAAAUGCUUUGUGCAAGGGAGGGAAGAUGGAAAAAGCCAUUGAGUUAUUGAUGAAAAUGGAAAAGUUGGGUAUUUCUCCCAAUGUUGUUACUUAUAAUUGUAUUAUUCAUGGUUUAUGCCAGAAUGGGAGAUUAGACAAUGCCUUUGAGCUCAAAGAGAAGAUGACAAUGGAAGGGGUACAGCCAAAUCUUAAAACAUAUGGUGCGCUUAUUAAUGGUUUGACAAAACUAAAAUAUUUUGACAAAGUGAAUCAUGUUUUAGAUGAGAUGGUUGAUGCGGGUAUUGAUCCGAAUGUAAUUGUCUACAAUAAUUUAAUUGAUGGAUACUGCAAAAUGGGAAAUAUCAAUGAAGCACUUAGGAUUAAAGAUGUGAUGAUGUCCAAAAAUAUAUCUCCUACUUCAGUUACUUUAUAUACUCUCAUGCAAGGAUUUUGCAAGAGCGAUCAAAUCGAGCAAGCAGAGAAUGCACUUGAGGAGAUAUUAUCGAAUGGGCUAUCUAUAAACCCUGAUACUUGUUAUUCGGUUGUCCACUGGUUAUGUAAAAAGUCUAGGUACUAUUCUGCAUUCCAAUUUACUAAGGUGAUGUUAGCGAAGAACUUCAGGCCUAGGGAUCAACUCUUAACCAUUUUGGUACGUGGGUUGUGUGAGGAUGGUAAACAUUUAGAAGCAACCGAACUUUGGUUUAGGUUAUUGGAGAAAGGGUCUCCAGCAAGUACAUUGACCUCCAAUGCUCUAAUACAUGGACUUUGUGGGGCUGGUAAUUUGCCAGAGGCUGUUAGAAUAGUCAAAGAGAUGUUAGAGAGGGGUAUUCCAAUGGAUCGGAUGACAUACAACGCACUCAUCUUAGGUUUUUGCAAAGAGGGAAAAGUUGAGGAAGGCUUUAAACUUAAAGAAAAGAUGACCAAACAAGGAAUUCAACCAGAUAUCUAUACUUGCAAUUUUCUAUUGCAUGGACUGUGCAAUGCAGGAAAAUUGGACGAUGCUAUUAAGCUUUGGGAUGAAUUCAAAGCUAGUGGGCUGGUUUCUAAUGUUCACACUUACGGGGUAAUGAUGGAUGUUUAUUGUAAAGCUAACAGAAUCGAAGAUGUUGAAAAAUUAUUUAAUGAAUUGGUCUCUAAGAAAAUGGAGCCGAAUACCAUUGUCUACAAUCUAUUUAUCAGAGCAAAUUGCCACAAUGGAAAUGUCGCUGCAGCUUUGCAACUUUGUGAUGAUAUGAAAAGCAAGGGAAUUUUACCAAAUUGUGCCACAUAUUCUUCUCUAAUACAUGGCAUGUGCAACAUUGGUCUUGUUGAAAAUGCAAAGCAUCUUAUUGAUGAAAUGAGAAAGGAGGGAUUGUUGCCAAAUGUUGUUUGCUAUACGGCAUUAAUUGGCGGUUAUUGUAAGCUGGGGCAAAUGGAUACUGCUGAAGCUACUUGGCUCGAGAUGAUCUCUUUUAACAUAGCUCCCAACAAAUUUACAUACACCGUUAUGAUUGAUGGGUACUGUAAAUUAGGGAAUAUGGAAGAAGCAAAUAACCUUCUGAGCAAAAUGAAAGAAAGUGGAAUUGUCCCAGAUGUUGUUACUUACAAUGCCUUGACUAAUGGAUUUUGCAAGGGAAAGGACAUGGAUAAAGCUUUUAAAGUAUGUGAUCAAAUGGCCACUGGAGGAUUAUCUUUAGAUGAAAUUACUUACACUACUCUCGUACACGGUUGGAAUCGAUCUACAAUUACUAGCCAAGACUGAUCUAAUUUCUGCAGAGCGACAAGGAAAAGAAUUGAAGAAUAAGAAACAUCUGACUCCUUCAUGCAGGCCCAUGGCCUCGGGGAGAUAUCACUCAAUUGGUAGAGUGUGGAUCUGUCAGUACUGUUUCUUUAUGCAUUGAGGCUAUCCUCCUCCUCUUGUUCAAAUGAAAGAGCCAAAAAGGAAGAGUUGUCCUUACUCUCGGGAGUUUGAUCAGGGAAGCAGAUAGGAAUGAGAACAUAGGGUGCUCUAUCAAGAUCCUCAGAGAAGAAAAAAUGGCAAUUGAUUUGAUAAUGAUAGAGUGACAUUGGUUCGCCAACUCAAAGCCAAGGAUGAAAGCUGGCAAACAUAUUAGGUUGGGCUUGAAUCUGCAUGUAGUGGUUCUCAGGGAGCGAUGUCGUAUUUGGUAGUAGUUCAUUGGCAUAUUGGAGUUGGAGCAUAGAAAGCGCUUUCAGUUUCAUGGAUUUCCUGUCUCAGAGCACUGCGUUCUUGUUUGUAUACGAUGUCAGCAAGCUUCCCCACCGCCAUCGGGAAUGCUCUCGAGCACCUUCUCGUGACCUUUCGGGUAAUAAAUUCCAGUUCGCCCAUCAAGCACCCAAGGAGUUGCCUCACCCCCCACAUGGCUCUUAUUGCUCUUCAUUUCCUUGCUUUCUGUUUCAACUCUCUCCCUUAUCAUAUCUGGAGAAGAGCUUUUCCUGUGGAAGCCCUUUCGCCCAAUCGGUCUGCCAAAGAAUGCAACUGAAUAAGAAUCAGAAAAACAAGAUAAACAGAAUCAUACAGAAGAAAUUAAUUGAUGGCUAAUUUGAAGAAGGCUCUUACUUGAAGAACAUGGAGUUCAUUGUCUGAGCCCCUCUUCCAAAUGCUGUGGCCAUACUUUCUCCCAAUAAGGUAAGUGAAGAUGUGAUGAACAAUGGAAUUGGCUUGAUUUGUAUUUAUAGAUGAAAAGAGAGGCUAUCCAUUUCCUCCAUCCCAAUGAAGAUUCUGAAGAAUGGGAUGAAUUUGUCCUUUUACUCCUUUAUACUACCCCCCACUCCUUGGAGUUGGUUUGUGAAAACGAACCUUCAAAAUUCCUCUUCCCAUACUUCAUAAGUUGUAUCUGUAUGUACAUGAUCCUAAUGGGUUUGCUUUCCCUGAGGAGUUGAAAGUAUGAACCCAAGAUUAGUGGGCCUAAUGGGCUCUGCUUUGCCUGUCUCUAGAUUUGUACCUUACUGGCCGGUUUCAAUUCUAGUUGUCAAUAUCAAUACAAAAAUGAGCGUAGCUUAAUUUA